AUGACUCGUCUCAUCUCAUCAUUGUUCCUCCUCACGAUCGCAUCUCUCGCAUCUCUCGCGAACUCCUCUCCUCUAAAUUCUGGCACGGAAGCCCUCGUCCGAAACCCAGCAUCCCAAGAUGCUUCACCCACCACAACCAGUACUCCCACAACCACAACCACCACCUCCUCCGCCAUCGCCACCAAAACCAUACCCGGCUGCCAUAUCCAAGGCACUCCCGACGUGGCACUCACCUCAAAUGUCUGGGGCGCAACCACUGCUGCCGACUUUCCUUCUUGCCAAUUGAGUUGUAUAUACAUAUCCCAAUGUAUAUCAUAUUCGUACGCACCAAGUAACUUGGCUUGCACGCUUUAUCAUCAGUGGAUGGAUAAUUUCACGACGGGUGAUACGACGGGUUAUGUGGUUUUGAGUGAUACCAGUGGGCUCUUCUUUUCGGAUAAAUAUCCGAGUGAUGGGACGAACUUUUGUUUUGGGGAUCAUCAGCUUUGA